UUAGACUCCCUGUCUUGUGGGAACGCCUGUUGGAAGCACGAUUUUUCCACCCCGGGCUUUGCCCAUCUCCCGGGAAACAGCUCUGCACACCUUGCUGCAAACUUUGACCAAAGUUUUUGAUAAGAGGGCACUGAAAUAUGGAUUGCUUAAGUUCUCCCUGUCCCACUAGCACGCAGGUCACCGCUUGGGCAAACCAGAUGCGUUAAGGGAGUGGCCCCACCAGAGACUGCUUUGGCUUGGGAGGAUUCACGGCGUCGCCCUUCCACAGGAAAUUCCUUCUGAAUUCAGAGACCCUCCUGUCUGGAAUGGGCCCUCCCCAGGCCUCUGCGGGAGCCCUCGACGGGGGCUGGGGGUGGGCCAUCGUCCUGGCGACCUUUCUGCAGUCCGCCCUGGUCUUUGGCAUCAUCCGAUCCUUCGGCGUCUUCUUUCUGGAGUUCACCAACUACUUUGAAGAGGCCUCGGGCACCACCUCCUGGAUCCCCUCCGUCACCCUGGCCACGCUCAUGGGCACCAGCCCGCUGGCAAGCGCACUUGGCACUCGAUACGGGGAGCGCCCGGUGGCCAUCGCUGGGGGGAUCCUUUCGGGGUUGGGCUUCUUGGCGGCCUCGUUCGCCACCAGCCUGGCACAGCUCUACCUGUUCAUCGGCCUGCUCACAGGAACUGGGGGGGCCCUGAUCUUCUCCCCAUCCUUGGCCCUGCUGGCACGCUACUUCGACCGGCGUCGUGCCCUGGCCAACUCAGUGGCCUUCUCUGGCACCGGCAUUGCCUCUCUGGCUUUCUCGCCGCUCUUCCAGUUCCUGGUGGACACCUACGGCUGGCGGGGGGCCCUCCUGCUGGUGGCCGGGAUGGCCUUCCACCUGGUGCCCUGUGGCGCCCUCCUCCGGCCGCUGCCCCAGGCCGAGAACUCUCCGGCGCCUCCCUCGACGGACAGCCGAGGGGGCAAGCUGGCCACGCUGCUGGGCCUGCCUUUGCUCUCCCAGCGUGACUUCCAGAUCUUUGGCGUGGCCGGCGUGCUGAUUAUCACCGGAUAUUUUGUGCCCUUUGUCCACCUCCUGCCCCACGCUUGGGAGAGGGGCUUCGAUGAGUACCAAGCAGCCUUCCUGGUGUCCGCGGUGGGCAUCGCUGACAUCGCAGGCAGGAUUGUGGCCGGCUGGCUGGCGGGCUGCCGCGGCCCCCUGCGUCUCUCCCACCACCUGGCCAUCUGGACCCUCCUGACUGGCUCUGCCAUGCUGGCCCUCUCCCUGGGAGGCAGCUAUGUGGCCUUGAUGGUCCUCAGCACCUGCUACGGCUUCCUGGCCAGUGCCGUGAUCCCCCUCAAAUUCUCCAGCCUGGUGGAGAUCGUGGGAACAGAGCAGGUUAUGGGGGCCAUUGGGGUCAUCCACCUCCUGGAAAGCGUCGCGGCCUUAGCGGGACCCCCGUUGUCAGGUUGGAUCCGGGACGUGACCGGAAGCUACCAUGCCUCCUUCUUGGUUGGAGGUGGUUUUGUUAUCGCUGGGGGGUUCUCACUUCUGCUGUUGCCCAAUUUCUUCUCCUGCUGCCACCUCCUCGCUCUGCAAAACUCGGGGGAUAAAAUCCCCAGGGACUCCCAGGCUCCCAGCCGCCAGAAGGGCACAAAAACAGGCCUGUGCAGCGUCCACGCGGCAGCAACAGUCGGCCCGUCAUUUCUCAAAGCGGAUGGUUCUCCGCUUGUGCCCGUGUGA